AUUCGCCGACUCCAACCCCAACAGAGGCUAACGAUCUUGGGUUUUAUAAAUCCCAUUGGGUUCGUUUCGUUCCCUCCAUUCACAGUAGCAAAGAGCGAAGAAUGGCAUUCAAACUCAAACCGCUACUUCUUCCUUCCUAUCUUCACUCCUCUCCCCGCCAAAACCCUAAUUUCACGCUUUCAAACCAUCGUCUUCCUCGAUUUUUCUCUGCACAUUCUCUUCCUUUCGGUCUCUCCCUCUCAAACACAGCUUCAGCAUCCACGUAUCAUCGCAACGCCUUCGUAACCGCUCGCGCAUUUCGAAGUGAUGAAAUCGCGAACGAAGGUGAAGAAGAAGAAAAGGAAGAACGAAUAUCGACGCAGGGUGAGAAAAAGGAACUAGCGAAUCGAGGGAUAUUGGAUCAGAUAAAGGAAAUUGUGAUGUUUACAGGUCCAGCAACCGGACUUUGGAUAUGUGCACCACUCAUGAGUCUCAUUGAUACUGCAAUUAUUGGUCAGAGAAGCUCCAUUGAACUUGCUGCUCUAGGUCCUGCCACUGUUGUUUGUGAUUACAUGAGCUACGUGUUCAUGUUUCUAUCAAUUGCCACUUCCAAUAUGGUUGCCACUGCCCUUGCUAAACAGGACAAACAAGAAGUGCAACAUCACAUAUCUAUCUUGGUUUUUGUUGGGUUAUCUUGUGGCGUUGUGAUGCUUUUGUUCACAAGGCUAUUUGGUGCUGCAAUAAUAACUGCUUUCACUGGAUCAAAGAAUGCACACAUAGUACCUGCAGCUAGCAGUUAUGUAAAGAUUCGCGGCUUGGCGUGGCCUGCUUUACUUGUUGGAUGGGUUUCUCAAAGUGCAAGUCUUGGCAUGAAAGAUUCCUUGGGACCCUUGAAGUCCUUGGCUGCUGCUACUGUUAUAAAUAUUAUUGGUUGCAUAGUUUUGUGCAACUGGUUAGGCUAUGGAAUUGUAGGGGCAGCGUGGGCUACAAUGAUUUCCCAAGUUGUUGCUGCUUCCAUGAUGAUUAAAACACUAAACAAAAAGGGAUAUAACGCACUUGCCUUCUCCAUUCCGUCAGGGAAGGAACUUCUGAUGAUAUUUGGGCUUGCUGCUCCUGUAUUUAUGACAAUGAUGUCAAAGGUGGCUUUCUACUCACUGCUUAUAUAUUUCGCUACAUCAUUGGGUACACAUACAAUGGCUGCUCAUCAAGUAAUGGUCCAAACAUAUUCCAUGUGUACUGUUUGGGGUGAACCUCUCUCCCAAACUGCUCAAUCAUUUAUGCCUGAAUUGAUAUAUGGAGCUAAUCGCAGCUUAUCAAAGGCCCAAUUGCUCCUAAGGUCUCUUCUGACAAUCGGAAUCAUACUUGGAUUAUUGCUAGGGAUUGUUGGAACAUCAGUUCCUUGGUUAUUUCCAUACAUUUUUACACCUGAUCGGAUGGUCAUUCAGGAGAUGCAUAAAGUGCUGAUUCCAUACUUUAUAGCGCUGUCUAUAACUCCCCCUACUCACAGCCUCGAGGGAACAUUGCUGGCUGGGCGGGACCUGAGAUUUAUAAGUUUGUCAAUGACUGGAUGCUUUUGCGUGGGUUCACUAGUAUUAUGGGCCAUGAGCAAUAGAUUUGGUUUACUUGGCUGCUGGUUUUCCCUCGCAAUAUUUCAAUGGGCUCGCUUUUCAAUUGCCCUCCAGCGCCUUCUUUCUCCCAAGGGCGUUUUGUACUCAGGAAACACACAUGAGCUGCGCAAGCUGAGGACUACUUGACUUGUGGCCUUGGUUUUAUAAAAUAGAUCUUUCUAAUCAUAGGCAAAAAUUGAUUUUGAAUGAAAUCAAAUUUACAAAUUGAUUUUAAUUGAAUGAUGUGCAAGUCAAAGAGGACUUGCACAUCUAGAUCCAAUCAAUGAACACAUUGUAAAAUGUAUUUCUAGACCCAAUCAAUUUUCCUUAUGUUUAUUAAUGAUGUUUCAGUUUCA